AUGUCACCUCUUCAGCGGCUGACCUUGACAUCAUGGCGUACUAUGUUCUCCGUCAAAAAGUCGCUCUGGCAGCUACCGGUCAGUCCGGGGCCUCCAAUUCCCCAGCAGGAACUUGUUGACGAGGAGGCUACGCCUAAUUAUGGCUCAACAACUUUCUACCCAGCAAAGCCUGAAGGGGUACUGACCGAGAAAUUCCGACUACUUGUCAAAAUCGGCUGGGGAUCACAAUCAACCGUGUGGCUCGCCCGAGAUAUAUUAAGCGAGAGACUGACUUGCACAAUUAAGAAUGAAAUGGCCAUCCGAGAAAAAGUGGCUAUAAAAAGAAUCAACAGUAACAAUACCGAUGAUGCUCGGCAUGAGCAGGAGAUUGAAAGCCACAUUGUACAGCAAAAUCCAGAGCAUCGUGGUCGCGCGAUUCUACGGACAUGUCUGGAUACUUUCGAAGUUACCAGCCCGGAAGAAAAGCACAUGUGCCUUGUGUGUACGAACCGAUGA